AAAAACACCUAACCUAAUCUUCUACCCCUCGUGAGUCUCGUGACAAUAACAAAACCUGAGUUUAGGGGAAAAUCCCCCAAAUCCCUCUGGCAGUUCUGCUCUACUGGUCCCCUGAGUCCCCUCAGUUGUAUUUGGUUGUAUUCAGUUGUGUUUACAUAAUUAUAACCUUUAAGAACAUAAAAUUUUUUUCUAAUUGCGGAAUAUAUCAAGAAGUAUAAGUUUUUAAUUGAAUUCCUAUUUAAAUCUUUACCUAUAAUUAUGAGGAAGAACAUGGACACUCGUAUCAGCGGAACGAACGUCAUUUUGGUACCGUAUCAAGAAAAACAUGUUGCAAAAUAUCACGAAUGGAUGAAGAGUCCCACACUGCAAUACUUAACGAGCUCUGAGCCAUUAACGCUGGAGGAGGAAUUUGCAAUGCAGAAACGGUGGUUGGAGGAUGAAGACAUCAUGUGUGCUGGACCUGUGAUUACCAUCACAACUUUGUUUUUUUACCUUACAGAAUGCACUUUUAUUGUUCUGGACAAACGCAUCUACCAGACGACCAGGAAUGAAGUAGAUGCUAUGGUGGGAGAUACAAAUUUGUUUCUCCACAACUCACAGGGGUUGUGCAUUGCCGAGAUAGAAAUUAUGAUAGCCGACGAAGCUAGUCGGGGCAAAAAGAGAGGAUGGGAAUCUGUUGUUCUAAUGUUACUUUAUGGUGCUGAAACACUAAACAUCAAUAAAUUCUGGGCCAAAAUUAAAUCAGACAAUGCAGUGAGCAUAAAAAUGUUUGAGAAACUUGGUUUCCGAGAGGUGGAAAGGAGUGAAGUUUUUCGGGAAAUUACUCUGGAGAAGGAAGCAUCUUCCGAUUGGACGAGUUGGUUGCAUUCCGAAUUACAAUCUAUUGUACCUAAUUGACUAUUACUGUUAUUAUAGUGAAUCUAUAGUAAUUUAUAUAUUUUUUACGAUUUCAUGAUCUAUAGAAAAAUAGACAAAAUUUUCAGAAUAUAAAAAAUUUUUAAGAUACUAAA